CUCAUUUCCCAUACACAUUAGUUAGGGGAUUUGCUCGUAUGCGCCGUGCGGUUGGCUGCACUUUUUCCAAAUCAGCAGCAACAUGGCGGCGGCUCUUUCAUACGAAGACCUCCGCAAACACGCGCGCUACUUAGAGAACGAAAUCGACUUAAAACUCGUCGCGUUUAGUAAACUGGGGGCCGGUAUCAAGUCGCCCCCAGCUCAUUCGAGCUCCGAUGCUGUGCCCCUUCUCUCAGGCGAGGACACUUUCGAGGCCAUGUCUCUCGAAAUUGAGGAAUUGUUGAAUAAAUUAACACAAGUUAACGACAGGAUGGGGGAACAGCCCGUCUCGGGGGCUGCCAUGCUGCACACCCUCCAACGCCACCGUGAUAUUUUGGCCGAUUUAUCGCGCGAUUUCCGAAAGACUACGUCCCAGCACGAGAUCAGGCGAGAGAGGGAGGAUUUGUUAAGGGGGUCCAGUGAUACGUUCAGGGGCGAUGGUGUUAAUAAUAGGCGCGAUAUGUACUUGAAGGAGAAUCAACACUUGCACAGUUCAGAGCGGUUGGUUAAUGAGCAAAUUUCCAUUGCGAUGGAGACUCGGGAACAUUUGACCAAUCAGAGACAGACGUUUAAGCGCUUGCAGACGAGGUUUAAUGAUUUGUCAAAUCGGUACCCAGUCAUCAAUAGUCUCAUUCAGAGGAUUAACAUUAAAAAAAGGAGGGAUUCGAUUAUUUUAGGGUUGGUCGUUUCAGGGUGCACCGUUUUGAUGCUACUUUACGCUUUCCAUUGACUCUAACUGUGAUAAUUUUUAUUGUAUCAGAAUAUCUAACCAAAAAUCGAGGGUAGUGUUAGUGGCGGUAUUUAUAUUUGUUAUGAAUAAAAUGAUUUUUUUAGA